AUGGAUCCGCGAGAUCGUAUCUACGGAAUACUAAAUAUCCUAGAUGAUCGACUCGCCUUACGAACUGUACCUGAUUACACACAGACACCGACACAAGUUUUUGAAGACGUUGCAACGCGAUUUAUUCAGUCUUUCAAAAACCUUGACAUUCUCGUUGCGUGCGAAUUUGCGCUCAAUCAUGCUGGACCAUCGUGGAUGCCUGACUGGUCGAAGCCAACGGCUGUAGGGUGCCCCGAGUCAGCAUUCUUUGGGUCGCUUCCGGUACAAAUGUACACCGAAAUCACUGAUAAGGCACUCAGAGCUGUGGGACGGAUAGCCUCAUUGGUAGAGGAUACGGUGGAGGAUAUUUUCGGUAGCUGCAGGUCAUAUACUGACUGGUUACAAGCCAUCAGCAGCGUCAUCCAAAUGGCGUUCGAAAAGCCACACCCCGAUACUGAUAUACUGCUUGAGAGCUGCACUAGAGCUCUUGGUAGCCUAUAG